UUGAACAUGGCGAGACCUCUUCUUAUCUCUCCUUUUCACAAUCUUCUAUUCUCAUCCAUGCCUAUCACAAUUUUCUUUGUUGUGCUUGCGAUCUUCUCUAUGUUUUCUGUCAUCACUUUUCUCUGUGGUAAUAGGAGAAUGAACAAGUUUCAAAUAGAAGCAGAGGAAGCAACAAGGUCCAAGGAAGACAAACUCAUUUCUAAGCUAAACAGAAAUAUUAGCAACAGAGCACUUUCCAUGGUGAACAUGCUAUCUUGGAGGAAGUUGCGUACAGAAGAAGAAGAAGAAGAAGAAGGAGAAGGGGAUGAGGCAGAUUGUGGUGACCAAGACGAAGAAGCCCUCUGGAGGAAGAACAUCUUGAUGGGUGAACGGUGUCGUCCUCUUGAUUUUUCCGGGAAAAUUGAGUAUGAUUCUGAGGGGAAAACGCUUCCUGAUUUGUCUCCUCAUGAUGAACACCACUAGAAAUUAUCUGAAUCAGCAUUAGUGUGUUUUGAAUUGAAAGUUGUUUACAACUAUACUCAGGUUUUGCAUAGUUUGUAGAAUUUGAUGUGUAAGAUACAUAAUAAAUUUAGCAAUUUUCUUAUGAAAACUGAUGUGAACUUUGUGUUCCUAUUGCUUUCCUUGAUUUCUUUAAUUUAAUUUUCUGAUUUGUGGU